UGACAAUAACCUGGUAGUGCAUUGCAUCUUAUAUAACAGUUUGCUCUCCCUGCAGCAGUGAUGGAUGAAGACAACACCAAGCCAUGGAAGAAGACUGAGGACAUCCCAAAGAGGUUUGACGAGCUGCCCCCUGAGCCUGGGUGGGUGCCAGUGGCUGACGUCAUCCGCACCAGCAGGGAGGACGAGGCCAGGCAGGAGGCAAAGAAGGAAAAAUUCAAGAUCAAACCACCAGUAGAUUCUGACUCUGAGCCAUCUGAGAGUGAUGCUAACCAAGGGAAUAGAGGCAGAGAGGAAAGGACGCCAGCACACAAGGAGAGAAGAGGAGCCACACGCCACCAAAGACAGUUGACAACACAUCAAUGCCUCCCAGUGUUGAUGACGUGACACAGGCUAUGGUGGAGUGGGCCCUCAGUCCCAACCAUUACCCACGGAGGAAACCCAAGCCAGCACAUCAUACCCAGAUCAAACCACCAGCAAGAAUGCCAAGCCCUUCCCCACUCCUGCAGGAUAAGACUCGUGCUGCAAAGGAGAGGCCAAUAGGGAAGUUACCCACAGUACCACCAGAAGAAUUUAUCAAAUUUGUAUCACCACAAGAGUUGCAGCUAGAUGUGCCUAGAUCCCCCAGCACGCACAAGCCUCACAACCCACCAGGUGCUGUGAGAAGGAGCCCCCAGCAGCCAGCCAGUAACCACAGGGAGCAGCGCCUUCCCUACGAUGAACCAAGCCCUGACUAUGAAGACGAUUACAAAAAGUAUUACUCCCGGUACGACAAGCAGUACUACCGUGAGGGGUGUCCUGAUGAGGACUUCUACAAUCACGAUAGGUAUAGCUAUGAGGACAGAGGUGCAGCGGAUCCUUACCGCUAUAAUUCAGCCCGUGAUGGAUACCAAGAACACCAACAGUAUCCUUCCCAUCAAGGCCAUGGUUAUGAUUAUUCCGACAAUGAGUACAGGGAGCCACAGUACUCAUAUGAGGCCCAGAGGAGUCCCUACCAGCAGCCAGAGUAUUCGUAUGAGGCCCAGGGGAGCCCCUAUCAACAGCCAGAGUACUCGUAUGAGGUCCAGAGGAGCCCCUAUCAGCAGCCAUCACCUUAUUACAGAUCAGAGCCACAGCAGUAUUCAAGGGAGUACCAGCAGCCACGUUCCAGCUAUGAUGUGUUGUACUAACCUGCUUCCCUUCCUGUUAUGGUGUUAUUGUGUUUAUUAUUCUGCUGACCUGAAUGUGCUGUUCCCUGAUGGCCAGGUAAGAGCUAUGGUGUGCCAUAUUGACCUCCCUGGCUAUGCUGUUUCUUACUGGCCAGCUAACAGUUAUAGUGAGCUUAUUGUAAUAUCUAGUGUUCAUAGUCCCUCAGGAUGUGGCCAAGGAGAACAAGAUAGUCUGAAAAACCCUGAUGAUCACCAGCAUACUAUGCUGAAAACAUUCGUGAUGAUAUUUGCUGACUAAAUAAAAUAUGUAGUUUUUUUUCUUUUAUUUAAAAUCAUUUUGAGCAUAAAAAUUAUUCAGGUUAUAUUUCUUUCAUUAUCUGAUAUUCAAAAAUACAAAAAUUUUUGAUCUACAGUCUGUGUUAAUAUACUUUUUAACAUCACUUCUUUUACAUGUAAAUAAAUCUUCACUUUCUUGUAAAAACCACACAACUGGAUCAUUCACAUUGGGCUAAGUUGAUGUGAAGGCAGCGCUCUGAGCCAUUGAUGCCGGAACACCCAAAGGUCUGGACACACCUGGAAGCCCUUGGUCUGGAAAAGCUGGGGUGGCUUCGUAGUGGUGUUUUGUGCAUCAACAGACAAUCUUCAUCACAGUCCAGCUAAGAUUUGGCAUCAACACAUGGUAGUUUCUUUUGCAUGUGUCAGGAUCAAUAUACAUGUAUGUUAACUGUAUAACUUAAAUGGAUAAUGUAAGAUCAUAUACAGAGGACAAAAAGAGUAUUAAUCCCAAGGUAAUAGUAACAUCCCAGACUAGGCUGAGAUAAUGUGUUUAGUAUUUAACUCUUUUUGCCAUAUGAUUUUUCACCAAAACUUAGCAAUGAUCCCUCACUAACCCUUGGUAUCGCAGCAGCCUUUAUAUUGAAGACUUCCUUGAUAUUGUUGCGGCGGCGCAGGGGGUGGUAGUGAUAAGUAGUGAAGAUGGAGUGAGCUAGUAUUUUUGAGAGAGACAAGAAGUGGGGACCGGAUGUAUGCAUAUGUGGAUACACCAACGGUGAUUGGCUUGGAUGUGGGCCAAUGGCAACAUUGCAGAGGGGGUGGCAGAGUAUUUAAGCUACCCCAGCCUAGUGCGAGUUAGUUAGUCUCUGCCCCCGCUCUGUUCCCUGCUCUCGUUUUCCGUCUCCACACUCGCCCUGUGUAAUACCCUGUAUUACCUAAUUGUACUGUGUUACUACCCAAGUAAACGUAAGAAGCUGUA